CACGCAUGCGCAUUGCGCAUAAGCGUGGGCCGGAGGAGCGAAAGAUGGCGGCGCCUUGCUUUCCUACGCCAUUGUACAGGCAUGUGGGCCGUGGCUCCUUCAGCGACGUGUACGAGCCCGCGGAGGACACAUUCCUGCUGCUGGACGCGCUCGAGGCGGCGGCAGCCGAACUCACGGGAGUGGAAAUAUGCCUUGAAGUAGGGUCAGGGUCUGGAGUGGUAUCUGCAUUCCUAGCCUCUAUGAUAGGUCCUCAAGCUUUGUACAUGUGCACUGAUGUCAACCCUGAGGCAGCAGCAUGUACCCUGGAGACAGCACGCUGUAACAAAGUCCACAUUCAACCAAUAAUUACAGAUUUGGUCAAAGGCUUGCUACCAAGAUUGAAGGAAAAAGUUGAUCUUCUGGUGUUUAAUCCUCCCUAUGUAGUGACUCCACCUGAAGAGGUAAGGAGUCACGGGAUAGAGGCAGCUUGGGCUGGUGGCAGAAAUGGUCGUGAGGUCAUGGACAGAUUGUUUCCACUGGCUCCAGAGCUCCUUUCACCAAGAGGAUUGUUCUAUUUAGUCACCAUUAAAGAAAACAAUCCAGAAGAAAUUUUGAAAAUAAUGAAGACAAAAGGUCUACAGGGGUCCACUGCACUUUCCAGGCAAGCAGGCCAAGAAAUCCUUUCAGUCCUCAAGUUCACCAAGUCCUAAUCUACAGUGUGUGCUACUGAAAGCUGCAUGCAUUUGGCAUAUUUUGAAACAGAAGUCAUUUCUUAGUUAACAAGUAAAGUCAGAAAUUUGUCAUAUAGAAAAAGGCAGAAGAGUAAGGCAUUUCCUUUUACCCAGGAAUCAGGCCUACAGAAAUAUUUGCACAAAUGCAAGUAAAUAUAUAUAUAAUAUAUAUAAUUUGAAUUUUAUAUAUUAUAUAUAUUAUAUGUGGAGAAUAUAUAAUAAAAAAUUAUAUUUGUAUAUGAAGAGGAUGUUCAUUUCUGCAUUACUUGUAAUGGCAGAACAAUGAAGUUAACCUAAAUGUGCAUCAGCAAAGGGACUGGUACAACAAAUUACAGUAUAUUCCUGUUACUGAACAUGAGUGACAUAUCCAGCCAUUAAACACAAGUCGCUUCUUUAUAUACUGAACCAGAAGGGGUUCAUGAUGUACUAUUGAGUAGUGAAAAAAAUCAAGUUGCAAAAUAGUACUAACCUAUAUGUAUAUUUUUGAAAAACUAACAAAGAAAGUUUGUGUGUAUGUGUAUAUAAGAAAUUCUCAAAAUGUAAAUAACGGGUGGGCAUAGAGGAACUUUCAUUCUUUUGUGUUGGCAUUUGUACAAUGAUAGUGUAUUCUGUAAUUAAACACAAUCUUUUAUUUAAAAUGUUUUAAGUUAACCUAUUGUCUCCAUCCUCUUUCUCUUAUUUAGAAUGGCUUCUGCCUCCAUUCUUCUCCUUGGUCACAUUUUUCCUACUUUUUAUCCUCUAUCAUAUAUUUCUGUUUUCUUCUUGCAUAUAUAUUGCAGACUGCUUUCAUUUUUUUCUUAGGUCUGGGAGAGUUAUAUGUAAAUAAACCCAGCACUCAAAUUAAUCACAUUUUUAAGAGCCCACAUGUAUCUUUCAAGAAAUGUCAAAUUACCUUUACUAAAUUUAGGAACCUCUUCUCUUCUGUAACUUCUCCACCAUUUAAAAUAUACAGUUGACCCUCGAACUACAUGGGUUUGAACUGUACGGGUCCACUUAAUACACAGAUCUUUUUCAAUAAAGACAUACUACAGUAGUUCACAAUCAGUGGUUCGUUGAAUCCGUGAAUGCCGUGGAGGGCUUACUGUAGAGUUAUAUGUGGAUUUUUGACUGUGAGGGGGGUCAGCGCCCUAACCCCCGUGUUGUUCAAGGGUCAACUGUAUUUAUCAAAAUCAAUUAGCAAGACUGUGUAGGACCAGAGUGAGAGCAAUCUAUAAUUUUUUAAUUUGGCUACAUUCAGAAUCACCUGAGGAAGUUCAAGAUUAUACAUUCCUAAACCCCACCAUAAACCCAUGGAAUACUCUGCUGACCAGACCUAAAAACUGUAUUUUUAAAAAUGUACUUCUCAACAUUCUUUAAGGCACCCUGUCAAAUUUUAGAACUAUUGCUUUAGAUGGCAUGCUCGUUUAAUCCUUUGGACAAUCCACAGAAAGAAUAGAAUUAUCCACCUUCGAUGUUCAGAAAGGUUAAUUUGUUCAAAGAAACACAGUAGUAAAGAGUGAAAACAGUAUGGCAACAUUUCAAACAGAGAUCUGACUCCAAAAGGUGUCUUUUUCUUUGCUUAUGCUGCUUUCAGCAGCAAAAAUGUCAAAAUUAGUAUUUACUUAAAUCUGAUAUCUGUAAAUAAAUUUCCAUUCCCAGAAACAGUGCCAUCUGAAUGAAGUCUUAUAGUACAUAACCUCUUGUAUCCCAGGAGAAAAAAAAAAAUUAACCUUAGAAUUUUAUUGUGGGCUCUCAGUCAUAGUUUUGGGGAAUGAGGUCCUGAAUACUUUUUCAAAUAAUGUUUGAAAUACUUUUAAAUGAGUAUAGAGGACUUCUAUCAACAUAGGAAACUAAACAUAGAAAUGCUACGUAAAACACCAAGGACUUCACAUACAUAGCUGUUGCAGACUGAAUUGUGUCUCCCCCCCUACCCCAGCCCUGUCACCACCACCAAAUGCAUGUGUUGAAGCCCUAAUCCCCUCUUAACCUCAGAAUAUGACUGUAUUUAGAGCUAGGGCCUUAAGAGAGGUAGUUAAAUAAAAAGGCCAUUAGGGUGGGCCCUAAUCCAAUCUGGUGUUCUUUUUUUUUCUUACUGGGGUAUAGUUAUUUUACCAUGUUGUGUUAGUUUCUACUGUACAGUGAAGUGGAGUUCCCUGUGCUAUACAGCAGGUUCUCAUUAGUUAUCUGUUUUAUACAUAUUAGUGUUAUGUAUGUCAAUCCGAAUUUCCCAAUUCAUCCCACCCCCCUUUCCCCCUUGGUGUCCAUACGUUUGUUCUCUACGUCUGUGUCUCUAUUUCUGCCUUGCAAACCGGUUCAUCUGUACCAUUUUUCUAGAUUCCACAUAUAUGUGUUAAUAUACGAUAUUUUUUUCUUUCUGGCUCACUUCACUCAUAUGACAGUCUCUACGUCCAUCCACGUCUCUACAGAUGACCCAAUUUUGUUCCUUUUUAUGGCUG